AUGGGGUUCAGGGAGGCGGUUUUGUUUGUGUUUGUGUUUCUCCUCUCAGGUGGAAAUCUUUGUGCUGCCACACAAAACUGGUCUAACUCCAGCACCAAUGAGACCUUGAACCGAACCUCGCAGGAACAAGAGGCAUCAGUCCGAGAGCUGCCCAGACCACCUCAGCCGACAGAUCACCGGUCAAACCGCACCGAGCACGGCGAUCCGGUCGGUUUUCCCGUCAGCUACCGGCUCAAGAUCUACCAGCUCAGGAAGAAGAAGCCGCUCCAGCCCCUCGCAGAGCGGACGCCAACAGUUCAAAAUCUGCAGGGAUCCGAGGCCGGAGAGCUGACCUCAGAGCAGCUGGAGCCAAGAGAAACUGCCCCAGCUCCAGAGCUGUUAAAGCUGCCGAUUCAAGGCCCAGAUCUGAACCCACCUGUCAGGCAGGAAUCAAAGGUGCUGGUGACGUUUGAGCCGCGGGUGCCCGCGCCGGCCGUCAGCGCGGCAGUGCGCUGCGGCGAUGCAGAGGUCACCGUAGAGGUUAAAAGGAACUUCUUAGGCAACGGUCAGUUGAUCCGUCCGAGUGAUCUGACCUUAGGAGGCUGCGCUGCACUCGACACGGCUGACCACGUCCUGCAGUUCCAGACGGCGCUCCAGAGCUGCGGCAGCACAUUGACGAUGACUGACGAAGCCCUCAUCUACUCCUUUUCUCUGAUGUACUCUCCAAGACCCAUCGGCAACACCGUCAUUUUAAAGACCAACCCCGCCGAAGUGGUGAUUGAAUGCCACUAUCGAAGGAGGCUCUACGUGAGCAGCGCCGCCGUGAGGCCCGCCUGGACGCCGUUCGCCUCCGACGCGUUGGCAGAGCAGCAGCUGCGCUUCUCCCUGCGCCUCGUGACAGAGAACUGGCAGUCACAGAGACCUUCUAGUGUCUACUUCCUGAGUGACGUGAUGCACAUCGAGGCGGCGGUCCUCCAGGGUCACCACGUUCCACUGAGGGUCUACGUGGACAGCUGUGUGGCCACCGUGACCCCGGACCCCGGCUCUCUACCCAGAUACCCCUUCAUCAGCAACCACGGGUGUUUAAGUGAUGCUAAGCUGACAGGAGCCAAGUCUUACUUCAUGCAGAGGAGCCAGGAGGAUAAACUCCACUUCCAGCUGAAAGCCUUUAGGUUCCACCAAGAUCACAGGAAUUCAGUCUACAUCACAUGUCGCCUGAAAGCAACAAGCGUCUCCGUUCCCAUCGACCCGCAACACAAAGCGUGCUCGUUCUUGACUGAAGCCAACAGAUGGGUGGCAUCAGGUGGAGACAAUAAGGUGUGUAGCUGCUGUGAGACCAGCUGCAGCGAGCAGAGGCGACAAAGGAGGCUUGCAGCAGAUGCUGUGGACUCGCUUCCUGCAGAUCUGGAUUGGGAGGGGACAGCUGCUCUGGGCCCGAUCCUGGUGGAGGAGAAAGUCCUGGAGGAAGAGCUGUCCGAGCUUCGUCCGGGGCCUCUCGUCCAAAUACAUAAAGUGACCCAAGCAGCCUCCUAUACCUCCAUAGCCUUGCUGUGUGGAGUGGGUGCAGCGCUGGCUGUGGUGUUGCUGGUGUUCAUGGGUGCCGUCAUUUGCAGCCGACUACACAAACCCACCGGACACGCCGUUUGUACCUGA